AUGCCUUCAGUGCUUGGAAAAGGCCAUGUUUUAGAGGUCUUUGUCCUGGCCCGAGGAGGUGCCUUCACCCACGUGGAAGCUCAGGGAAAGUCCAUGUUCCCCCCCCCCCAGCCACCUGGGGUCCCUCAUCUUGCAGUACACAGGAUAAGUAUUCAUAGAUUUCCUCAAGAUAUUUCAAGCCCCAGAGUAUUCUUUGGCUACAUUCGUUUGGACAAGAUGAACUAUGAGCAAGAGAUUGUGCAAAAGCGGACUUUUACAAAAUGGAUCAACUCUCAUCUUGCUAAGCGGAGUCCCCCAUUGGUUGUAGAUGACCUUUUUGAAGACAUGAAAGAUGGAAUUAAGCUACUGGCUCUCCUGGAAGUUCUAUCAGGGCAGAAACUGCCUUGUGAGCAAGGACGCCACAUGAAAAGAAUUCACUCAGUGGCUAAUAUUGGCACUGCCCUUAAGUUUCUUGAAGGAAGGAGGUCCAUGUACAGAGGAUCACCGAUUAAACUAGUGAAUAUAAACUCCACGGACAUUGCUGAUGGUCGACCUUCUAUUGUUCUUGGCUUGGUUUGGACCAUUAUUUUAUAUUUUCAGAUUGAAGAGUUGACAAGCAACCUACCACAACUCCAGUCCCUGUCCAGUAGUACAUCUUCAAUGGACAGUGUCCUCAGCUCAGAAACUGCCAGCCCACCAAACAAACGGAAGGUAGCAACCAAGGCCCAAGGAAAUGCUAAGAAAGCCUUAUUAAAGUGGGUGCAGUACACAGCAGCAAAGCAGGUUGGGAUUGAAGUAAAAGAUUUUGGACGAAGUUGGAGAAGCGGUGUGGCAUUUCACUCAGUUAUUCAUGCUAUUCGUCCAGAACUAGUGGAUUUGGAGAAAGUAAAAGGAAGAUCUAACAGGGAGAACUUGGAAGAGGCUUUCACUAUUGCUGAAACAGAAUUAGGAAUCCCAAGACUCCUAGAUCCUGAAGAUGUGGAUGUGGAUAAACCAGAUGAGAAGUCUAUUAUGACUUACGUAGCCCAGUUUCUGAAAUAUUAUCCUGAUGUUCAUAACACAAGCACUGAUGAACAAGAGAAUGAUAGAGAAGAAAGGCUGGUGCCAAGAGAAACAAAAGUUUGGAUAGAACAAUUUGAAAGAGAUAUGACGAGGGCACAAAUGACAGAAGCAAGUUUACAGGACAAAUAUCAGUCAUUUAAGCACUUCAGAGUUCAGUAUGAAAUGAAGAGGAAACAGAUUGAACUUUUAAUUCAACCAGUACGUAGAGAUGGAAAAUUGUCACUAGAUCAAGCUCUGGUAAAGCAGGCAUGGGACAGAGUGUCCUCCAGGCUCUUUGAUUGGCACAUACAGCUUGAUAAGUCUCUUCCGGCACCACUAGGCACAAUAGGAGCCUGGCUAUAUAGGGCAGAAGUUGCCUUACAGGAGGAAAUAACCAUUCAGCAGGUCCAUGAAGAAACUGCAAACACAAUACACCGGAAACUGGAACAGCAUAAGGAUCUACUUAAAAACAUAGAUGGCCACAGGAAGGCAUUCCACGAGAUCCACCGGACCAGAUCUGUUAAUGGUGUCCCUGUUCCACCUGAACAGUUAGAGGACAUGGCUGAAAGGUUUAAUUUUGUUUCAUCUGCCUCGGAACUGCACCUAAUGAAAAUGGAAUUCCUGGAAUUAAAAUACCGGCUGUUGUCACUGUUAGUUCUAGCAGAGUCAAAGUUAAAGUCAUGGAUCAUCAAAUAUGGAAGAAGGGAGACAGUGGAGCUACUUCUACAGAAUUACAUUUCUUUUAUAGAAAACAGUAAAUUCUUUGAACAAUACGAAGUGACAUACCAUAUCUUGAAGGAGGCUGCUGAAAUGUAUGUCAAGGCAGAUGGCUCAGUGGAAGAGGCAGAGAAUGUGAUGAAAUUCAUGAAUGAAACAACAGCUCAAUGGAGGAAUUUGUCUGUGGAAGUGAGAAGCGUCAGAAGCAUGCUGGAAGAAGUAAUUUCUAACUGGGACAGGUACAGCAAUACUGUAGCCAGUCUGCAGGCCUGGCUUGAGGAUGCUGAAAAAAUGUUAAAUCAAUCAGAGCAUGCAAAAAAGGAUUUUUUCAGAAAUUUACCUCACUGGAUCCAGCAACACACAACUAUGAAUGAUGCUGGCAAUUUCCUUAUUGAAACAUGUGAUGAGACUGUUUCUCGAGACCUUAAACAGCAGUUGCUUUUGUUAAAUGGACGAUGGAGAGAGUUGUUUAUGGAAGUGAAACAAUAUGCUCGAGCAGAUGAGCUUGACCGAAUGAAAAAAGAAUAUCUAGAUUGUGUUACCAAUUUGUCUGUCUUCACUGCUGAAGCCAAUGGGAAACUUUCUGAGCCUUUGGAUGUUUCUUUUCUUAAUGUCAAGAUGUUAUUUCAAGAUUUAGAGGAUGUCAAGCAGAAGAUGCCUGCUAUGGAAGCUCAGUACAAAAUUAUUACAAGGACAGCUCAACUCAUUACAAAAGAAAGUCCCCAAGAAGAAGCUCAUGAAAUACUUGCAACCAUGUCUGGACUUAAAGAUCAGCUAAAUAAGGUCAAAGAAUUUUACCCUUCAUUACUUUAUGAGACUCAACAGCUGCUGAUUCCAUUGGAAGAACUAGAAAAGCAGAUCACACUCUUUUAUGAGUCACUUGAGAGAGUCAAUGAAACUAUGUCACUCCUUGAACGUGAAGCACAAUCUACGGCCCUUUUUAAACAAAAGCAUCAGGAGCUGUUAUCUUAUCAAGAGAGUUGCAAGAAGACUUUGACAUUAAUUGAGAAGGACAGCCAAAAUGUUCAGAAAUUUGUGGCCUUGAGUAAGGUGUUAAAACAUUUUGAUCAGAGCAUGCUACAAAGGAAAGUUGCUGAGGUUCAUGUUGCUUUUCAGAAUAUGGUAAAGAAAACUGGUGAGUGGAGAAAACAUGUGGAAACAAAUAGCCGUUUGAUGAAAAAAUUUGAGGAGUCCAGAGCAGAAUUGGAGAAAGUUCUCCAGAUUGCCCAGGCCAGCAUAAAAGAAAAAGGGGAUCCUGAAGCACUUCUGAAAAAGCAUACGGAGUUUUUUAGUCAGCUGGAUCAGAGGGUAUUAAAUGCCUUCCUGAAAGCUUGUGAUGAACUAACUGACAUCCUCCCUGAGCAAGAACAGCAAGGUCUACAGGAAGCUGUUAGAAAACUCCAUAAACAAUGGAAGGAUCUCCAAGGAGAAGCUCCCUAUCAUUUACUUCAUCUGAAGAUAGAUGUGGAAAAAAACAGGUUUCUAGCUUCAGUAGAAGAAUGCAAAUCUGAGCUUGGUCGAGAGAACAAGUUGGUGCUACAGGAAGGCAGUGAAAAGAUCAUUCAAGAGCAUAAGAUUUUCUUCAGUGACAAAGGACCCCAUCAUCUUUGUGAGAAAAGGUUACAGCUGAUUGAAGAGCUCAGUCUGAAACUUCCAGUUCGUGACCCAGUGAGGAAUACUCCAGAGCACUGCCAAGCCACUCUCAGAGAUCUUAAAGCUAUGAUCGAUAGCACGUAUAAGAAACUAAUGGAAAACCCAGAUAAAUGGAAGGAUUACAAGACAAGAUUUUCUGAAUUCUCAUCAUGGAUAUCUGCAAAAGAGAGAGAGUUACUUGUGAUGAAGCAGGAAGCCAAAGACACUGCCACAUAUGGAAAGUUCAAACUUGCUGCAGAGGAAAUUAGAGAUGAAAUAAACAAACAAGGAGAGAAUCUUGGAUGGCUGAAGGCUAGGCUGAAAACACUAACAGAAGUUUCUGCUGAGGAAGAAAUCCAGAAGCAGGAUGAUGAGCUCUCAAAACUCUCAAGUGACUUCAAGAGCCUCAUAGCUUUGCUGUCAGAGGUUGAAAAGAUGCUAAGUACUCUUGGAGACCAUGUCCAGUAUAAGGAAAUUGCAAAAAGUUCCCUUGAACAGUUAAUUAACACUUCUAAAGAAGUUCAGGAUGAAGCAGAAAAGAUCUUAGAUACUGAAAACUUCUUUGAAGCCCAGCAGUUACUUCUUCAUCAUCAGCAAAAGACCAAGAGGAUCCAUGCAAAGAAGAAAGAUGUAGAGGAGCAGAUUGCCAGGGCUAAGCAGGGUGAAGGUGGGCUACCAAGCAGAGUCCAAGAGGAACUAAAGAAGCUGGAGAAUACCUUGGAGAAUAUGGAGCAGAAUAGGGAGAAGCAGGAGCGCCGUCUUCAGGUGACAAUAAGAAAGUGGGAGCGCUUUGAAACAAACAAAGAAACAGUGGUCAGAUACCUUUUUCAAACAGGUUCCAGCCAUGAACGUUUCUUGAGUUUUAGCAGCUUAGAGAGCCUGUCCUCAGAACUGGAUCAGACAAAGGCAUUUUCUAAACGUACAGAAGCUAUUGCAGUCCAGGCUGAGACUCUCAUGAAAGAAGCAUCAGAAAUACAGCUGGGAUCGAAGACUAAGCAGAUUCUUCAGCAACAGGCCAAAUCAGUCAAAGAACAAGUCAAAAAAUUGGAAGACACCCUUGAAGAAGAGUAUGUGCUUGACAAGUCCUAA